GCAAUGUAAGCUUAACAUAUCUGGCAAUAUUUGCAUUCGCUAGGUCAGGUAUUUCUCACCAGCCUGGGUUCCUUAAGAUACUGCUUCUAAGCCUGUGAGAUCAGUGGGACUGCAGUUGAAUGAAGAGGGCCCUUGGGAUGCUGCUGCGGAAACAAGACCAAGACUCCAAGAUUUUGGCUUAAAACUAAUGCUAAACUAUAGUAUAAAAUAGUAUGAUUGCCAAAAGGAAAUCUAAAGAAUAAAGAGUUUGCAGUGUCGAAAACUUUCAUUGUGCAGCAGUAGUCAGAGGCUCACUUCACUGCACUAUGUCUUGCUCCAGUUCAAAGGGUUCCCAAGGUCUAAGGGAGAUUGCAGCAUGGCUGCUAGUCAUCUCUGUUUUUUCUGUGCAGUUUAUUAGCAUUCAUGGUCAAGAGGGAUCGGGAGACUAUACAGGUUAUAAUGAAUUUCAGGAAGAGAUUUAUUCAGAGGAGAAUAAUUAUGAUGAAGACUCUAGGUACAAUGGCUAUGUGUCUGGAGAUGAUGAUUUUGCUACUGCUACAGAUGUUCCAUCAAGCAUCACAGAAGACUUAUAUACAGAGGAAAUAACAUAUUCUGAGUAUGACACUGACACUCAGCUGGUGACAGAGGAGUCAAGACUGUAUCCAUUUCCGACGGAAUCCUUUUUUGCGGCAAGGGAUGUAACUACAAUUACAACGAGGCUUCCAUACCAAAGACCAACCACUCCAAGUGAGAAUGAGGACAUUCUACAGGCUCCAGAUAUUUCCAACAAUGAUGAAGUGACCAAUUUAAUUGAAGAAUUUAAUAUACCCAAGAGUUCAGGCGUGAAGACCAUUUCAGGAUCAAAGUCUCAUAUAACUGCAUAUCAGCUGGGGGGGAGACUGCAAAUUAAGCGACUGGCAAGAUUACUGCUCCCUACUGGAUUGCCUCUGGAAUUCUCCCUUGUUUCAACCUUAAGAAUGAGAGAACGGACUCAGGAAGACGUCUGGAACCUAUGGGAUCUGCAGGCUAGGAAUGGGGUUGAACAGUUCAGACUGCGACUUUAUGGAGAAUUAAAUUCCGUAGAUGUAUAUAAUGCAGCAGCUACUGGUAGGGAAAAAGUAACUACUUUUAGGAAUGUGGACACUUUGUUUGAUGGGAAAUGGCACAAACUUUCUCUGAGUGUCAGAAGAAAUCAACUUACAUUAUAUGUGGACUGUCAACAAGUUGGCACCUCUGCCGUCAAUAUAUAUGGCACAGCAAGGGUGGAUGGAUUCAGCACUGUGGGAAGGAGGAUAAAGGAUGAUACUACAGCUAAUAUUGACAUACAACAAUUUGAGUUGUUUGCAGAUGCAGGAAGAUCUGUUGAAGAAACUUGCUGCGAUAUUCCAGGAGUGGAUGAUGAUAGGUGUGUGGAUUUAGGUGAAGCUGAUUUAGGUGAAGCUAUUCUUCCAACUAGCUGCAACUGUUUGCCUGGAGAUCCUGGGUUUGAGGGAUUCCCAGGAGCAAAGGGCGAAAAGGGCAAGCAAGGUCUUGAAGGGUAUAUUGGAGUUUAUGGUAGACAAGGUUACAGAGGGGCCAAAGGAGGACAAGGAAGAAGAGGUGAUACAGGUUCCAGGGGUGACCCAGGCCCUGAUGGUGACGAAGGCCCCUCUGGUUUCACAGGUGAUAUUGGCUAUAUAGGACUACCUGGAAUCAAAGGAGAAGAAGGAAAACCAGGAAUUAAGGGCGAACUUGGACUGACAGGUCCUAGAGGAGAACAAGGAGAAACUGGAGAGACUGGUGUUGUUGGAAAACCAGGGAGUGAUGGCGUUAGGGGAUCUUCUGGUGAAAAGGGAUCAAGAGGUCCACCAGGAAGGGAUGGACAACAAGGACCUAAGGGUCAAAAGGGUAAUACUGGCACCUCAGGAUUUACAGGAAGCAGAGGGGAUCCUGGAUACACGGGUUACCUCGGAAUUCCAGGAGGUCAAGGAGAGCAAGGAUUAAAGGGCACUAAAGGAUUAUCGGGGGCUGCAGGCAUGCCAGGUAUCCAUGGAAAGGAUGGAAAGAUUGGUGUUCCAGGAAGAGAAGGAGAAACUGGAGUAUUGGGACUAAAGGGAGACAAAGGAGAUCAAGGUCCACAGGGUCCACCAGGCAUUGAGGGCAUGAUGGGACCCAAGGGUGCAAAAGGUGACCCAGGAGUACAUGGAGACCCAGGUCCUCAGGGUCUUAUAGGACCAAAGGGCUCAAAAGGAGAAACAGGAGAUGAUGGAGUAAAGGGAGACAAGGGAAAACUAGGAUCCAAAGGCAACCAUGGCAUUACGGGCGAUACUGGUGACACUGGAGACAAAGGAUCAAAAGGGAAGCGUGGCCCAGCAGGUCCCAUAGGUCAGCAAGGCAGAAUUGGCACCCCUGGAUCACCAGGUCCAAGAGGUUAUCCUGGUCCAUUGGGAGAGAAUGGAGAGAGAGGGCCUCUUGGAUCUCCUGGACUUCCUGGGCCCCAGGGCCCAGACAUGCCUGAUCAACUUGUGUAUGAGCUGUGCCGUAAAGUUGUUAUAGAGCAAACGUCUCAAUAUGCAGCUGGCAUUAGAGGAAAGUGUACUAGCGCCUGUCCUACUGCCAAUGUUCAAUUGAUUGGACCACCAGGACCUCCAGGUGCUCCUGGAAAACUUGGAAAAAAGGGAAAAACUGGUACUGCUGGAUCAAAUGGAAAAAGAGGACCAAGAGGACCAGUUGGCCUUCCUGGACAGAAAGGACUUCUGGGAGAACAAGGUAACAAGGGUGAUAAAGGAGAAAGAGGUGACACGGGUAUCGGACGUCCAGGUCAAGAUGGAAUUCAAGGUCCUACAGGAUAUCUGGGUUACCCAGGAGUUGCCAAGGAUGGAAUGCCUGGCCCACGGGGCCCACCUGGUUACAAUGGUCCAAUUGGUCAGCAGGGGCUUGCAGGUCCUCCAGGUGUCCCAGGAUUUUGUGAAGCCAGAGACUGCAGUAUUAAUGCACCCACAUUACUGAAUGAACAAGGUCUAACGAAUGCAAGACUCGACUGAGUAUCAAAAAGCAGAAUCUGGAAAACAAUAAGAUGGCAGAUGUAUGUAGAGUUCUGAUAAACAAGUUACUGUUACGAAGAAAGAGUCCUCACUUGUAUAGAUGCAAACUGAACGAUAAUUUCUGCCACCAUGAAAUUCAGAUCUUCACUCAUUAUGUUGUUGUCAAGGACAUCUCCUCUAAGAAAUAUGUUAUCUAGUUUGUUUUGACUUUUAAUGCCUUUAAAAAGUUACAUUUGAUAUGCCUUUGAUACACAGUAGACAUUACUGUUGCUGAAUCACCAUAAACAAACCUCUGAUUCCAGAAGACUAUCUGAUCCACAUUGCUCUGCAAAUGGUACCUAGUAUGAACACAGAAAUCAAUGGACAAGCAACAAGUGAUAUGUGGCCAACUGUUUUUUACCAAUUGUGACAGUUAAGGGGAUGAAAUAUCUAUUAUUUUUUUUUUUUUCUUCCAAAGACCCUUAGUCUCUAAACAAAGAAAGACCAGGUAUGCUGAUUAAAAAGAAAAUAAAUAGCUCAAAGAAAAAUCAUUGAUUCAAUGUGCUGUUAUUUGAUAAUAAAAUAACUCAAAAUACCAAUGUAUCGAACAUGAUUGAACUGCAAUAAUGCAUUCCUUAUUCUAUUACAAUACACAAGAACCUUGAAUAACAUGUCAAAUAUAUCCCAAUAUACAACCUUUUGGGUCAGAUUUAUCAAAAUUUGAGUUUGUGGGGAAAAAAGUGGACAUAGAAACUUGUGCAACUAUUUUAUCGAAUGUUAAUUUUAAAUUAAAAAACAUAAUAAAGAAAGUCACAUGCCAGAGUAAAAUACAUUGGUCAAUUAAUUUUUAAUGAGGCUUAAAAUCUAUACAUCCUUGCCAGUUUUUACUUGCCAAAUAUUUUUCUGGCGACUUUUUGCAUCUUUUUCUGUAAUAAAUUCUGACUAUUCAAGGUAUCAGAAAAUACUGUUUUUUUCUUCAUACUUUUCCUUCUAGUGAAUCACUGAAUUUCCACUUGGUCACAAUCAUAUCCUUCUUGUUAUUGCUCUGUAUUACACCCACAGUGCCAUUAACUCAGCAUUCCCUCAAUAAGGACGGUAUAAGUUAAAAACCUAUUUUCUUAAAAUUUAAAAUAUUAUUUUGAUUUUCACCAUGAGGCUGUCAUUGUGAUAUACAUACAGGCAUAUAUAUGUAUACAGAUGUUUUGAAACUCUUGUAGUAUAUAAUUUCAUCAUACACAUACCCAACAAUAGUGACGCUGGG